CUGACAACGUUGCCACAUCGCAAGCAGUGACCACGCAUGCAUUUCUCUUCUUCUUUUCUGUUCUAUUUCGCAAAGUGUGCAACAAAAAGCUAAUAAAUUAAUUAAAUAAAAAUGGUUGGAACAACACUAACCGCGGCUGAGAAGAAACAGCUCAUUACACGUAACCUGCAAGAGACACUCGGCGACGAUAAGUUAAAUAAAAUACUGCAAGAGCGUGAUUUGAAGAUCUACUGGGGCACAGCUACGACUGGAAAGCCACAUGUCGCUUACUUUGUGCCUAUGUCAAAGAUUGCGGACUUCUUGAAAGCCGGUUGUGAGGUGACAAUACUGUUUGCCGAUCUGCACGCCUAUUUGGAUAAUAUGAAGGCGCCCUGGCCGCUACUCGAGCUGCGCACCAAAUAUUACGAACAGGUGAUCAAAGCGAUGCUACGCUCCAUUGGUGUUCCAUUGGAUAAGCUGAAAUUCGUGAAGGGCAGCGAUUAUCAGUUGUCCAAGGAGUACACGCUGGAUGUGUACAAACUAAGCUCUCUGGUCACAAUUCACGAUGCUAAGAAAGCCGGCGCCGAGGUCGUGAAACAGGUGGAAUUUCCACUGCUCUCUUGCCUGUUGUAUCCCGGUCUGCAAGGCUUGGAUGAGGAGUACUUAAAAGUGGAUGCACAAUUCGGUGGCGUUGAUCAGCGCAAGAUAUUCACAUUCUCCGAGAAGUAUUUGCCACAGCUAGGCUACGAAAAGCGCAUACACUUUAUGAAUCCCAUGGUACCUGGUUUGGCUGGCGGUAAGAUGUCUUCCUCCGAGGAGGACUCAAAGAUUGAUCUACUCGACUCGCCAGCGAAUGUGAAGAAGAAGUUGAAGAAGGCUUUUUGCGAGCCAGGUAACAUCGCAGACAAUGGUCUCCUCUCCUUUGUGAAGCACGUGCUCUUCUCGCUCUUCAAGGAAGGCGAAGGCUUUGAGAUUAACCGUGCUGCGGACAAUGGUGGCGAUAUUACUUUCUACCAAUAUGCAGAGCUGGAACAAUAUUAUGCAGACAAUAAGCUGCAUCCGGGCGAUCUGAAGGCCUCUGUGGAGAAGUACAUAAACCGUUUGCUGGAUCCCAUACGCAAGACCUUUGAGGAGCCCGAGCUGAAAAAACUAACAGCUGCUGCUUAUCCGCCGCCUGCCAAGGUGAAAGCCAAUGCAGCGCCCGCUGCAUCGGCUGCUGAUGAGGAUGCGCCACAUCGGCUGGACAUACGUGUGGGCAAAGUUAUCGAGGUGGCUCGUCAUCCAGAUGCAGAUACACUCUAUGUUCUCAAAAUAGAUCUGGCAGAGGCGCAGCCACGCACUAUAAUCAGCGGCUUGGUCAAGUUUGUCACUGUUGAGGAACUGGAUCAGCGACUGGUUGCGGUCUUAUGCAAUUUGAAGCCUUCCAAAAUGCGUGGCAUUUUAUCCGAAGGCAUGGUGCUCUGUACAUCCAACGCUGAUCACACAGUUGUGGAACCCAUUGUAUUGCCAGCAGUAGCUAAGCCCGGCAGUCGACUUGCCUUUGAAGGCUACAGCGGCACACCGGAUGAGCAGCUAAAUCCCAAGAAGAAAGUGUGGGAGAAACUUUCUGUCGAUUUCAAGACCAAUGCCGACGGCGUUGCUGUCUGGAAGGACAAUUUCCUGCUUACAACCGAAGGCGAGCAAUUGACCAGCAAAUUGGCCAACUGUUCCAUCAAGUAAACCAACUACCCAGCUUACCUGAGCCGUGUAAUACUGUUAAAUACACAUAACUAAGCCGACAAACAUGAACACUAUCGAAAUGCUUUUUUGUAAU